AUUCAACAUUGCAAUGGAUUACCAGAAUCCAAUUGACAUGGACAAUUCUCAACAAACCAAUUGCUAGCCCCUCCUACAAAAUGGCCACCUCCAACAUCCUCCGACGUGCUUUCCUCUAUGGUCCUCCCCUCCAUCCAUCCAAUGCAACUCCCCACCACUAACAACCCCCAGUCCCCUCCUCGUCCCCGAAAUUCCUCCAGAAAUCGCACGCCCUCACCGUAGACACCGUAGUCUACGACCUCGAAGACAGCGUCACCACCUCGCAAAAACCCCAAGCACGCACCAACCUCCAAUCCUUCCUCUCGCAAUCCCGCCCACCCAACAUCACCGAGCUCGCCGUGCGAAUAAACGCCGUUUCCACCGGCCUCGCAUUAGACGACCUAACCAGCGUUCUCGCAUCUACACACAUCGACGCACUCGCCGUGCCCAAGAUCUCCAAAGCGUCGGAUCUACACUUCAUCAACGAUGUCUUGCGACAUCAGUUACCAGCUCGCCAUCCGUCGACCCCGGAUGCGACGUCGAAUCCCGUGAAGAUCAUCGCGCUGAUCGAGACGGCGGAGGGGAUCAUGAAUCUGAAGGAGAUCUGUCAGGCCAGUCCGUAUAUCUCGGGUCUGGUAUUUGCGGCGGAGGAUUUCGCGAUGGAUCUCUCCAUCACGCGGACGCCCUCGCUGACGGAGUUUCUCUAUGCGCGGAGUGCGAUUGUGACUGCGGCGCGCGCGUUUAACCUCCCUUCGACGAUUGACCUUGUCUGUACGAAGUUCCGCGGUGAGGAGGGACUGGAGACGCUGAGGGAGGAGUGUGAACAAGGCAAGGGAAUGGGGUUUAAUGGGAAACAGCUUAUUCAUCCCUCGCAGAUUGAGGUUGCGCAGAGGAGUUUCUCACCGGGGGGUGAGGAGCUGGAUUGGGCUGUGAGGAUUAGUAUCGGGAAUGGGAAGGCGGAGGAGAGAGAACGGGGGGCGUGGACGAUGGAUGGGAAGAUGAUUGAUGCCCCGGUGGUGGGGAAGGCGAGAGCGAUUCUGAAGAGGGCGGAGUUGUGUGGGGUUGAUGUUGGGGCUGUGAUGGAGAAGUGGAAGGAUGAGGAGCCGCAGUAGGGUUUGUGAUUUUUAUGGUACCGUGUAAGAAUUUGACUUGUUUAAUUAUCGUGGAGGCCCAUCCAUGUGUAGGUCGCGGCUUUAUAGUCUCUUAUAAUCCAGACAUCAGGACUGACAAAGGCCAUCUCAAAAC